UUACAUGUCUGUUGUCGUCUAUGCUCCCGCACUUGCGCUUAGUCAAGUGACAGGAAUAAAUGUUUAUGUCUCAGUCACUGCCAUUUUUCUCGUGUGCAUCUUCUACACUGUGGUUGGAGGAAUGAAAGCCGUUAUGUGGACCGACACAUUGCAAGUUAUUAUUAUGUAUGGUGCGAUGAUAGCGGUUGUUGCUAAGGGACACGUCGACGUUGGAUGCUUGUCUGCUGUUUGGAAUGCCAAUCAGGCAAGCGGGAGAGUCGAAUUUUCCGAUUUUGACGUUAAUCCUGGCAAGCGGCACUCAGUGUGGUCUUUAGUUGUUGGUGGAUAUUUCACCUGGAUUACCAUUUAUGGAGUGAAUCAGUCUCAAGUGCAACGGUACCUUACAGUUUCCACAAUGAAACAAGCAAGAGACGCCGUUUGGAUCAACCUCGUCGGAUUGUUCGUCCUUCUUGCGGUCUGCUGUUACGGAGGCAUGGUCAUUUUUGCUAAAUACGCCGAUUGCGAUCCUCUGUCAGCAAAGUACGUUGACAACCCGGCACAGCUAUUCCCAUUAUUUGUAAUGGACACUUUGGGUCACAUACCAGGUGUUCCCGGAUUAUUUGUUGCUGGAAUUUUCAGCGGCGCUUUAAGUACUGUGUCUAGCGGUCUCAACUCUUUGGCAGCUAUUUGUUUGGAAGAUUUCGUGCGACCUUUCUGUUGUACGGGAAUGACCGACGCACGCGCUACCAAUGUCUCUAAAGGUUUGGCCAUGGGAUUUGGACUUCUCUGUUUUGGGUUGGUCUUCGUGGCUUCCCAGCUUGGCAACGUCUUAGAAGCUGCGCUGAGUAUUUUUGGAAUUAUUGGCGGACCUCUCCUUGGUGUCUUUACUCUGGGAAUCUUUUUCCCCUGGGCCAACGCUAUCGGAGCCGGAGUGGGCAUAUUGUCCGGUCUGGGCGUUGCUGCGGUGCUGAAGGGUCAAUGA